GUCUAGUCGGACAGGGUUGUGGAAAAAAACUGGUUGUCAUGAUAUUUAGCUAGCCAAUCUACAAAUGACAGGCACAUAUCAAAAUAUACCGAGUACAUUAUCCAUGUCAGGGUGCAAGAAGGAUUUUCUUGGUAUUGUGCAGCUUUUUUUGAUAGACAGGGAUAUUUUACAUUGUCCGCAAACCCAUCGUGAAUUGCCUGCUGAGUGACCUGACCAGGUGACGUUGGCACCUCUGUGUGCCUGUGCUGUCUCAAACCAAGAAACUCUGGGACCUGAAUACUGUAGAAGAUGAACGGGCUGUCAAUUAGAGAGCUAUGCUGCCUUUUCUGCUGCCCUCCUUGCCCCAGCCGCAUCGCAGCCAAGCUGGCCUUCCUCCCUCCAGAGCCCACCUAUGCCAUGCUGCCUGACCCAGAGGCUACAGCUGUUGCGGCAGCCGGGACUACUCCUGUGGGUGCUCCCCCCUCGCUGGGGGCUCCGGGCCUCCGCUCCAGGCUGGGUGGCGGUGGAGGGGACAGAGGAGGUGGUGUGGGAGGGGGAGGCGGCGGUGGAGAGGGCAGGUGGAAGCUCCACCUGACAGAGAGGGCGGAGUUCCAGUACACCCAGAGAGAGCUGGACAUGACUGAUGUGUUCCUGACCAGGUCCAGCCGAGGGAACCGGGUGGGCUGCAUGUACAUACGCUGUGCCCCCAGUGCCAGGUUCACAGUGCUGUUCUCCCAUGGGAAUGCAGUAGACCUGGGUCAGAUGAGUAGUUUCUACAUUGGUCUUGGCACGCGAAUCAACUGUAACAUCUUCUCCUAUGACUACUCUGGUUAUGGUGUCAGCACAGGCAAACCUUCUGAGAAGAACCUCUAUGCUGACAUAGAUGCAGCCUGGCACGCCCUACGCUCCCGCUAUGGCAUCAGCCCAGAGAACAUCAUCCUGUACGGGCAGAGCAUCGGCACGGUGCCCACGGUGGACCUGGCUUCUAGGUUUGAGUGUGCUGCCGUGGUGCUCCACUCACCCCUCACCUCUGGCAUGAGGGUGGCCUUCCCCGACACCAAGAAGACCUACUGCUUCGACGCUUUCCCCAACAUAGAGAAGGUGUCCAAGAUCCCUUCCCCGGUGCUGAUCAUCCACGGGACGGAGGAUGAGGUGAUAGACUUCUCCCACGGCCUGGCUUUGUUUGAGCGCUGCCCCAAGGCCGUGGAGCCCCUCUGGGUCGAAGGGGCGGGGCACAACGACAUCGAGCUCUACAGCCAGUACCUGGAGAGACUACGACGCUUCAUUAACCAAGACCUGGCCGCCGCACACGCCUGAGGGGAAACACUUGUCUGUGUGUCUGUCUGUCUGUGUCUGUCUGUCUCUGUGUGUGUGUGUGUGUGUGUGUGUGUGUGUCUGUGUCUGCGUGUCUGUAUGCAUCUGUCUGUCGUGUGCAUGUGUCUGCGUGUCUGUAUGCAUCUGUCUGUCGUGUGCAUGUGUCUGUCUCUGUGUGUGUGUGUGAGUUAGUACAUCCACUUUGAUAACAGAAACCGUGCGUGCAUUGAGUCAUCUGGGUCCGUGUGUGUUUCCUCAUGGAAAUUGAUAGAGACACAACUGUCAGACCUUCCCAAGAGAAAUUUUGUGUGUGUGUGUGUGUGUGUGUGUGUGUGUGUGUGUGUGUGUGUGUGUGUGUGUGUGUGUGUGU